CUCAGGGGUAAGGCAGGUAUGUGCCAGCCUCACUGUGGUCAGUUUAAGCUGCAGUGAUACUCCAGAGUAAUAUACCUGAUGAGCUCUUCUAAUAUGAUUCUUAUUCUUUGAAGCUCUGUGCAGGCACAACUCUCUCAUGUGUAUGUGUUUAUUGUCAACAGAUAAUUCCAGCAGAAUACGUAGUUUGGAUUCUUAAAACAAUAUGCCUUCUCUUUUAUGAAUGAAGGCCCUCAGACUUCAAAUUUGAACGCUUGAACUGAGAAAAAGUUUUAAAUUUAAAAAAAAUUGAUAGACUUUGAAAUAGGAUUUAAUUUUUGGAUACAGUGGUGUAAAUCAAAUAGUUCUUCAAUUGCAUUAAUAAACGUUGAGUGGUCUUGUUUUGUGUUCAAGUCUUGAAACAUCUUGAUUUGCUUUACACAUUACAGUGCUAUUUUAUUUCUGUUCUGUUUACAGCUGAUAUUAUUUCAACAGUUGAAUUUAAUUACUCUGGUGAUCUUCUUGCAACAGGAGACAAAGGUGGCAGAGUGGUUAUAUUUCAAAGGGAACAAGAGAAUAAAAGCCGUCCUCAUUCUAGGGGAGAAUAUAAUGUUUACAGUACCUUUCAGAGUCAUGAACCUGAGUUUGACUACUUGAAAAGUCUAGAAAUUGAGGAAAAAAUUAAUAAAAUUAGGUGGUUACCACAACAGAAUGCUGCUCAUUUCCUGCUGUCUACAAAUGAUAAAACUAUUAAAUUAUGGAAAAUAAGUGAAAGGGAUAAAAGAGCCGAAGGUUAUAAUUUAAAAGAUGAAGAUGGAAGACUUAGGGAUCCUUUCAGAAUCACAGCGCUACGGGUUCCAAUAUUGAAACCCAUGGACCUAAUGGUAGAAGCAAGUCCCAGAAGGAUAUUUGCAAAUGCACAUACUUAUCACAUAAACUCUAUUUCAGUAAAUAGUGAUCAUGAAACGUACCUUUCUGCAGAUGACCUAAGGAUUAACCUAUGGCAUUUAGAAAUCACAGAUAGAAGUUUUAAUAUUGUAGAUAUUAAGCCUGCUAACAUGGAGGAACUGACAGAAGUGAUUACUGCUGCAGAGUUCCACCCUCAUCACUGUAACGUGUUUGUCUACAGUAGUAGCAAAGGAACUAUUCGACUCUGUGAUAUGCGUUCUUCAGCCCUCUGCGAUAGGCAUUCAAAAUUUUUUGAAGAACCUGAAGAUCCUAGCAGCAGAUCAUUUUUUUCAGAAAUAAUAUCAUCGAUAUCUGACGUAAAAUUCAGUCACAGUGGUCGAUACAUGAUGACGAGAGACUACCUUUCGGUUAAAGUAUGGGAUCUCAAUAUGGAAAACAGGCCUGUAGAGACAUAUCAAGUUCAUGAGUAUCUUCGAAGCAAGCUUUGUUCCCUUUAUGAAAAUGACUGCAUCUUUGACAAGUUUGAAUGCUGCUGGAAUGGUUCUGAUAGUGCUAUCAUGACUGGAUCGUACAACAAUUUCUUUAGAAUGUUUGACCGGAACACGCGACGGGAUAUCACUUUGGAAGCAUCCAGGGAGAGCAGCAAACCUCGUGCCAUCUUAAAGCCACGUAAAGUGUGUUCGGGUGGUAAAAGAAAGAAAGAUGAAAUAAGCGUUGACAGUCUGGACUUCAACAAGAAGAUUCUUCAUACAGCAUGGCAUCCCAUGGAGAACAUCAUUGCUGUAGCUGCCACCAAUAAUUUGUAUAUAUUCCAGGACAAAAUUAACUAAAGAUAACUCACUUGAGGACAGAGUUGUCUUCUUGCAUAGUUAAGCUCAGUUGUUUAUCUGUAAAAGAGAAGGCCUUGUUGUCCUACCAGUGAAGAACAUUGAUGCACUUACUUCCCUUUAGAUAAAGGAGAGAAUCUGGCCUGUUUUUUGAGUUCAUGGUGUAGUUCUGCCUUCAGCGGGGGUAGGGAGCGUGAGUUGCAGUUUUCUGAGAAACCCUCUAGAAGCAGAAUUGAUGGACAGUGCUCAAUAAGGCCAAUACUCAAAACAAAUGUAUUUAUUUGUCUGAGCCUUCCUUUCCAGUUUAUAGACCAAAAAUUUAACACCCAAGAAGAAAAGUUGUCAUAAAAAUGUAAUUUCUAUCUCUCUCGCUCUUUCUCUGCUGUAAUAUUUGGGCCUUUUGAAACAUAUAUUGUGCUUAAUGCCUGUAAACAUUCCUCCUCUGGCCUGUAUCUAGGCUUAGGUGUUUUUACCUUUGAGCACUUAGGUAGGUCUUGAGUUGGGUUCGUAGACAGGUUUCCAUGAAUAUUUACUCACCAACUGUAUCUAUAACCACACCUUCUGGUGUAAACCACUUAAUAAAAUAACAAGCUAUAAAAAGUGUUUUUAAAUCUGAAGGUAUGUAUUCAGUCUUUUUAUUUUUUUUAUUGCAUGUACUGAGAUUGUGCAAAAUAAUUCUGAUGGGCAGAUUUGACAAUAUUUGUCCCAAAACACUGAUUUUUGGCAGACUGAUUGAACAUUUUUGUGUAGUAUUUCAAAUUCUGAAUUUAGUUUCCAUAAAAUUGUCAUUUAGUUUAAGUUGCACUGUUUUUGUAAAAUGCUAUCUGCAUACCAAGUAGGAGAUUGAAAAGGUUAGUAGAAAGAUAUCCACAGCCUUAAUAGAAAGUGACUGCCUUGCACAGAAAGGAAAACAAAACAUUUAACAAAAUUUCUUCUUUGAAGAUGAAAACUCGGUUUGUCUGAUGCCUCUUAAUGUUAGAGACAUACCUUAUGUGCAUUAUGUUUUUUAACUUUUUUAGUAUUUGUCUUGAAGAUAUGAUUUAUUUUAAAUAUUUGGCAUAAUAUAUUAUAUUUCACAUUGCAGUUCAAGCCAGCAAAAAAAAAAUUAUCUUGAUUAUGUCAAGCAGCAACACAGCUUAAUACGUUUUAGCACGUUCUGACUUUAGUACCAAGAGGUUGGAAAAUACUGAAAAUGCAAGCUGAUGUUUCCUGCAUUUGUUACUGUAUCUCUGUUAUUGCUAACUUUUUUUUUUAAAAGCCUUAGGUACUUUUUUUUUUUUUUCUCUCCAAAGAGGCCUAAAAUUCAUUCAUUCAACCUUCUCUAGACUUGCAUGGGUGUAAAAUUGUUCCUGAAAUUAUUGCAGCACGUUUUAGUAGCAUCAAGUGGCUAGAAGCUGCAGUCUAUAAAAUGUGCCUGCAAAUUAGAAAUUCUUUAUGAAAAGUUAGAUCCUUUGAGAUUCCCAGAGGAAAUACAGAAGUGUGGUUUACACUCCAUUUUUAAUAAAAUGAAGGUGUAUUAUGAUUACUAAAUCAGAUAUGCAUAUGCAAGAGCAAAAUGUCUCUUUUCCUACCCUCUCAAUUAAUGUCCAUAGAGUGCCACUCUUGUUCACAGUAAGCUAGUAAGUACAACAACUAACUUUGAGGUUCUACAAAUAAAGUUUAAAUUUAAAAAAAAAAAAAAAACUUAUACUGUAUAUUGGUUGUGACACUAUUUGCAAAUCUUGAAAUGUGGAACUUCUGGGUCAUUAAAGCAUUAGAUUUGACCUUGUUCCUGAAAUACCUAAUAGAGCUAAUAAAAUGGGAUUGUACAUACUUGUUCAAUUAUUUUGACCAAAAAGUUUAAUAAAUUUUAAAUGUUUACCUGGA